AUGGGUAUGCGAGGUUCUAUCUGUGCAGUGCAGGCUGGAAGCUGUGCCGCGUUGGCGUCGAUCUGCGCCAAGCUUGCGCUGACUCCUUCGGUGACGACCACACUGGUAGAAAGUCUGUCGCUUUGGGUUAGUGGCAGUGUCGGGGUUUCCUUGACCACAACAGACCAGCUUGUACUUGUCACCCGGGUUAUUUCUGCGGUCGGAAUCUUACUCUUCAAUGCAGUGAUGUGGACCCAGUUUACCAAAUCAAUGCACCUGUGUUCCAGUACUUUAGAAGCAACAGCCAGCACUACAUCUUCCAAUUUUUUCUUCACAGCAGUGCUGGGGAAAGUACUCUUCAGGGAACAGUUAGGAACACUUUGGUAUCUUGGAUCAGUGCUAAUGAUAGUAGGCCUUGCAGUUUUACAUCGAGGUUCUGAAGAUCAGAUGAACAAUAUUCAGCAAGCUAAGAAGACAUCUUAA